AUGUCAACAGCGACGGAUAGGAAUCAUAUUGAGCGGCGUGGCACAAAGGCCAUAAAUAUUGUGGUGGGCCCAGUUCACUUUGUUCAAGAUAAGACGAGAUUAGUUAUUGUCCAAGAGACGAAAACUGCUGUGGAAGUAGCUUUUGCGUCAAACCUGGAGAGAGUUGUUGUCAAGGUUUCACAUGCGAAGUUGGAUGGAAUUGCUGCAAUUAUCCUUAUUGCUACCCGGAUGCAGUACACCAAGUGCCACUACCGCUCCUACUGUCAUUCCAUCGUCAAUUACACAAGUUCCAGGACCAUCUAUUACUUGAUACCAAUACCGGUCUAUGAAUAUCAUUAUUACACGAUUACAUGGUCUUACUGGAGCUACUACUAUUACUACUACACCAUCCAUCUAGACCUAAGCGCCUCUACCCACUCAACCAAAAUAACAACCACAACUACAAUCUCCAUCAACGAAACCAAUUCCGCAGCCGCUUCAUCCAGCUUCAAACAAUUCUCUGCCACUCUCUCCUUCCCAACUCCUACUACUGCAACACUUCCUAUACAAACACCACCAAGCUCCCCUACACAAACUCAGCAAACCACUAAUCCUCACACUGAAGUCAGCAUAGAUAAAGAAUUUUUACGAGGAACUGGGUCGGCUCUCUCCAGCGUCUUCGGCACACCUUCUACAACAACCAGUUCUGUGACUUCGGGAUCGAGUAGUUCGUCAACGGCUACCACACCGCCGGUGGAGGUUAAAGUCAGUGGUGCUUCUGGAAUUAAUUUGGAUGGGCACUUUUGGUCUAUUACGGGUUCCACGGUUUUUGGUGCUUGUAUUGUUGCGUUGUGA